UGGUUGCUAUAGUUGCGAAAAACAUCUACGGCUAUCGCAGAAACCAGAGAAGACCAGAGAGACUUUACCCAAGUUCCAAUAUGGAGCAGGUUUCAUCAACAGGCAAACCUAUACAGAUCACCGUGACAGAUGGAUAUGACUUGAAAGGUUUUAAAGGAGAUACUCCAGUUACCUUUAUUCGUGCAGAAUUCAAUCAGGUGGUCCUGGGAGACUCUGCAAAAAUUACUGUUUCUCCAGAAGGAACUGCAAAAUACAACUUCACUAGCACUUUAGAGUUCAAUACUGAAGGAGGAAUUACUUUAGAUGACAUCUCCCACAAACCUGUGUUCUUAACUAUGACUGAAGUUUUACCUAAGGAAAAGAAACAGAAAGAUGAGAAGACCUUAAUUCUUGGUCAAGCUGUGGUGGACCUUCUUCCUUUAUUGGAAGGAGAGAUUUCAUUUGAAACGAUGGUGCCACUGCACCCUGUACCAGGUUCACCGUUAGAGCCUCUUCGAUCAGGUGUUAAGCAGUGCAGUCUUGAAGUUAAAGUAUCUGUGGCAGAGCCCUUAUUGACCACAGCCCAGAUCUUAGGAGGCAAUUUACUGAAGGUCACAUUGGAGGCUGCCUACUCUGUGCCUGAAUCUUUCAUGCCAGUAGGGCCCCUGCAGAACUACAUGGUUGGUCUGCAAGUUCCAUCAAUUGGAGAGAAAGAUUAUCCCAUUUUAUUCAAGAAUGGAACUCUGAAGCUUGGAGGGGAAAGAGAACCUGUUCCCCGGCCCAAAAAAUGGCCUAUUGCUAACAUUCUGGCUCCAGGAGCUAAUAACAUUCCUGAUGCAUUCAUUGUUGGUGGGCCCUAUGAGGAAGAAGAAGGAGAACUCAACCAUCCUGAGGACAGGGAAUUUAGGAACCAAUCAGAGUGCAUAAAGAAAAGGAUUACUUGGGACUUGGAAAGUCGCUGCUACCUUGAUCCUACUGCAGUGGUGAGUUUUCAGAAGCGAAUUGCUGAUUGCCGACUCUGGCCUGUAGAAAUCACAAGAGUUCCUCUGAUUACUGCACCCAAAGGAAAAGCUACCAGAUUUGAUAAGGCGGAUGAUGAAAGUCAGCUUUCAUUUCAUGGUGUGGCUUAUGUUAAUAUGGUCCCAUUGCUGUAUCCAGGUGUAAAGAGGAUUCGGGGAGCUUUUCAUGUUUAUCCUUACCUAGACAGUACAGUCUUUGAAAAGACCAAGUGUUUAUUUAGUUUGUUCCGGGAUACUGGCCAUCAUUUGAUUCAAAAUAACAAAAUAGGAGGAAUUAAUUCUCCAUUGUCCAAACCAGUUAUUUCUAAGAACCUGAAAGAAGAUAAAAUAGUAAGAAACAGUAAAGGAAAGCCUAUGCCUGGGGAUGUGCAGGCGGCUAGUAUAAAAUCUCAAAGUUCAGAUACUCCUUUGGAAAUUGAACCCACUCUAAACCACAAUCCAGAAGGACAGCAAUAUGUAGAAGCCAGGACAUACAUCGUGUUGGAGAUUCAGCUGGACAAAGCCUUGGUUCCAAAGCGAAUGCCAGAGGAGCUAGCCAGACGGGUAAAGGAAAUGAUUCCUCCAAGGCCACCUCUUACCCGACGGACAGGAGGGGCUCAGAAGGCGGUGAGUGACUAUCACAUGCAGAUCAAGAACAUUUCUAGAGCCAUUCUGGAUGAGUAUCACAGGAUGUUUGGAAAACAGGUGGCCAAACUGGAGAGUGAUGUAGAUAGUGAAACCCUGGAGGAACAGAAGUGCCAGCUCAACUAUGAACUUAAUUGCUCUGGAAAAUACUUUGCUUUCAAAGAACAACUAAAGCAUGCUGUGGUAAAGAUUGUGAGAGAGAAAUACUUGAAGACAACAUCAUUUGAAAGCCAGGAGGAACUUCAGACAUUUAUUAGUGAGCUCUAUGUAUUCUUGGUGGAUCAGAUGCAUGUGGCCUUAAACCAGACCAUGCCAGAUGAUGUCCAAAGUGCUGUCUCAACCAUUUAUACAAGCAGUGAACAGCUUCGGCUCUUUGCAUUUGAAGCAGAAGUCAAUGAGAACUUUGAAAUGGCAGCAGUGUAUUAUGAAGAGAGAUUAGUCCGUGAGCCCCAGAACCUGGAACACUGGCUGGACUAUGGUGCCUUUUGCCUCCUAACUGAGGACAACAUUAAAGCACAGGAGUGUUUUCGGAAGGCCCUUUCCCUCAACCAGAAUCAUAUCCACAGCUUGUUGCUGUGUGGUGUCCUGGCUGUCCUGAUGGAGAACUAUGAGCAGGCAGAAAUUUUCUUUGAGGAUGCUACUUGCUUGGAACCAAGUAAUGUUGUAGCCUGGACUUUGCUUGGUUUGUACUAUGAAAUUCAAAACAACGAUAUUAGAAUGGAAAUGGCAUUUCAUGAAGGCUUCAAACAGCUUCAGGCACGAGUGCUUCAGGCACAAGUAACGAAGGAGAAGAGUAUGGGUACUAUAGAGUAUGUUGAAGAAGGAGGGAACGUAGAAUCCAGUUUAGGCCCUUGGGGAAUCACUGAUGGUUCCUCUACAACAGCAAUUAAGGCGGAAGCCCCAGCAGGACCAGGAACUCCAUUAUCCAUUCUAGAUGGAUUUCUUGAAGCAUCCUCCAAACUGCAGUCUGAUUCAGAAGAACCCGUUUUGUCUGUACAAUCUCAGGAUCCAGUAGACCAAAAACCAUCCAACCUAUAUGUCAAGGAGAUACCAGCAAAAAGAGAAGCAUCAAAAUGUCAAGAUUCAUCGACUUUUCUGCAUCCCACUUCUUAUGGUGUUUCCCAAACUCCUACCACCAUCUUCAUGGAAACCAUACGGUUCUUGAUGAAGUUCAAUGCUGUGCAGUAUGUGCACAGGGUGCUUGCACAUGAGCUGUUAUGCCCUCAAGGAGGCCCCAGCUGUGAGUAUUACUUGGUGCUGGCCCAGACAUACCUCCUCAAGAAGGACUUUGCCAAGGCAGAGGCAUACCUUCAACAAGCAGCCCAGAUGGACUACCUGAACCCUAACGUUUGGGGUGUGAAGGGCCAUCUCUACUUUCUGAGUGGAAAUCAUGCUGAGGCCAAGGCAUGCUAUGAGCGAACCAUUAGUUUUGUAGUAGAUGCUUCUGAGAUGCACUUCAUUUUCCUGCGACUGGGGCACAUCUAUCUGGAAGAGAAGGAGUAUGAAAAGGCAAAGAAAACCUACCUGCAAGCCUGUAAGAGAUCGCCUUCAUGCCUUACCUGGCUAGGACUGGGAAUUGCCUGUUAUCGGCUGGAGGAGAUUACUGAGGCGGAAGAUGCUCUCUCUGAAGCCAAUGCAUUGAGCAAUUACAAUGCUGAAGUAUGGGCAUAUCUGGCCUUGGUCAGCCUGAAAGCUGGACGGCAAUUGGAAGCUGAGCAAGCCUACAAGUACACAAUGAAGCUGAAAUUGAAAGAUGAGGCUCUGCUUGCAGAGAUCCACAUGGUACAGGAAUUGGUUGGCUUUGGCAAUCCAUCUUUCUGACAGCCUUCCAGCUGAAGAAUUUUCUGAGUUCUUUUCCUUCCCAGAAGAAUUAAACUCUGGAUGCUUCACCACAUGAGACCUUAGGAUGGAGAACAAAAGACUCUUCGCCAUAAAUAAAAACCCAUUCAUUUAUUUCCA